UACCAAAGUUGAAUUACAAUAAUUACAUGGAAAUGCUUUCAAGUUUCCUGUUUAUUUACAUAUUUUUCAAGAUCCGCUGGCUAAUUCCUAUUGUCGGCAUAUUCAAUUCAUAACUCGCUUUUUUUUUCUCGCACGAAAAAUUUCUAAAGAUUGCUUUGGGGAAAAAGUUUUCAGUGCUCAUGUCUAGUCUUUUAUUGAAGAUGUACUUCGCUCAUCAGAGUUCAUUUCUUUUUGAGGAAGAUAAAGACAACCACAACAUGUACAGCGGAUAUUAGCGAGCCAUAACAUUCAUUGAACACGUCUGAGGAAAGGAAAUUUCCUGGCCUUGGUUGUGUAUGCUAAGGAGGUUAAAUUCUGAAGGGAACACUGAGUUUUUUUCCUACUAAAAUGACAAAUGAAUUGCAUUUCCACAAUCUCUCCAACCGCUCACUACACGGACAGGAGAAAUACCUGCUACAAGAGUUUGACAUUGGAAGAUGUAUCGUAUCUGUUUGUUUGAUCUUUUUCUCGAUAUCAACUAACUGCAUUAUCGUUAUUUCCUACUAUCUGAACCACAAGAUGCGAACCACAACGAACACGAUGGUUUUGAAUCACUGCUUAGUGGACAUCCUCCUUGCCCUAUCGGAUAUGGCUUUUUAUAUCACACCAGCUUAUAUUCCAAGGCUUACGCAUAGCGAUCUCUUUUGCGAGUUGUCGAUUUCUUUCGAUAGCCUUCUCAAAGCAGCUUCGAUCUUGAGCAUGUGUGGGAUCGCCUUCGAUAGAUAUAUAAACCUAGUGAGGCCUUCUCGAAGAAAAAUGACAAAAAGACAAGCCAUAGCGUCUUUGUUGUGGUGCUGGGUUCAAUCUGCGAUUGUUGCAAUUCCAUACCACUCAAGCUUUCGAAAGUAUCAAUCUGAAACUUCUCUCAGCCAGGUGGCUCAAGUUUGCCACACUCUUCCUCGCCUAUUUGAGGCAGGAACACCAUCGAUGGCCCUGUCCAUUUUCUUGAAGACAGGGUGCGUACUGAUUCCUCAAAUGUGUAUCUACUAUGUUUCCUAUCGCGUUUUAAGCGCUCUGAGGCGAAGACGUAGGGUGAAAAUGGGAGACAGUUUACUUAGAAUUCCAACCUGGCCUAUUUCGGCGGACAGUUUUGUCGCACGUGUUCAGACUAGAUCGCCAAUCACUGCUGUAGUCCUAUUUUUACUCUACUUACUUUGUACAGCACCAUUUGUUGUGGCAAUAGUUUGGACGAUGCGACCUGAAAAUCGGGUCCUUUCUCCAAGGGUGGCUUUCACUGUAUACCUCUCCUUUCGUUUAAAGGGAUCUUUAUUUCCGAUGCUAUAUAUUCUAAGAAACCGCGUCGUUUUGAAUUCGCUGCAGAAACUUACGUGCUGCUCGAAUUUUUUAAGACUUCUAAGCUGUAGAAUCUCAUUCGAUAAGAGUAAUUCAGGUACGAACUUCGCUGAGUGGAAUUGGGUCACACCUAAACAAUGAGCAACAAAUGGUUUUCGACGGCGGGGAGCCAUGCGGAAAGAAACGGCGUAUGCUUUCUACAUAAGCAAAAGUGCAAACGUAAAAUUGGAGUUUACUGAUCUUAAAACUGCAACAGAAGAUUCUUAAUGGGAAAAUGACGCUACAACUAUAGUAAUCACAGAAAUAACGCUCUAAAAUAUUUUCUAAUGAGAUUUGUUUUCGUGAUUCUGACUGCAGAUUUUAAUAACAUUUGUGUGUGUUGCGUGUGUGCGUUGUGCGACUGCGUUUUAGGCAGCAACGUUAACCUCAAACAUCUUCCUGCCCUGUAGCGAUAUCUUAACUGGAUUUUCGUUUUGAUGUUUACUGAAAAUUGUCUUUACAUAAGAACGAAAACCUCUUGGCAAGUGAAUGCGCAAUGGAGAUUUAUGGCAAUUCCGUUUACUGACCACGAUUUCAGCUUUCAUUUGAUAGUGUUUGCCAAGUUUAAGCGAUUUAAGCGCUUUCUGUAAAUUUUAACAAGGAUUCCAUGAAAGCUGUAAUUUAAACUGAGGCAAAGUUAUAAACAAAUUUGGCUAGUAGUGUACCACUAGGAAACAAAAUAGCUGUACAUCGUUUGAAUAAGUUCUCGGCUCGACAUUGCUGUCUUGAUUUUGCAGCUUUUGUCGUAGUGCGGACUAAUAACGUUAUUCAUGAAUUUAAGUUCAGCCCCCGCAAUGGAAAUAAAUUUCACUAGUUAAUAAUAA